AUGCACGUUAUCCCCCAGGGUCCGAAGUCUUUCACUCUGGUCGUGCUCGGGGUGACAGACCCCGAGCACGGCUGGAUGUUCUCUGACUUCCUUGGAAUUUGCAUGACGUAUCAAGAGCGAGGCAUUGAAAACGACUUUUUAAGUUGUUUCCCGUUACAAGAUCACUUUCUCUACCUAGCGAACCAAAAGUCACCUGCCUUCUCAGACAUCAAGUUCGGAAAAUACGGUCAGGAGGGCAAAGAGAUAUGGACAUACUCGCGAGCCCAGUUUUGCCAGCGAAAAUACUUCUGGCAGCAGGUCGGAGCUGACCAGAUUGUGACAAAAGUGAAGGAUUGGAUCACCAAAGUGCAGGCCCAGGCCGGACCGGCGGACACAGUCCAAAUCAACUUCAAAGCGCACGGCAGCCAGAACGGGGCGCUCCGCUUGGGCUCUGGAUCGCUCCACCCGGUUGUGUUCUCCCACCUGCUAAAGGACUUCCACCCGCAGACGCUGGUCUACGUUGUCGUGAGUGCCUGUAACUCGGGCGAAUUCAUCCACGUGUUCCAGAAGGCAGCCCAGCCAAAUCGCAUUAUCUCGACCUCCGCGCCUCAAAACACUUCCUCCUACGCCGAUUCCCGCAGUGUCAGCGAUCGCGCCCGCAACGGCCGCUUCAUCGGAGCGUGGGUGGCAGCUCUCACGACUUUGGAAAUCCCCGAUUGCCCUCCUCGCGCGGAAAGAGCGACCUGGACUCUCACAGAACAUGCAAACUUCGUGGAGAAGAGACUCACUCGCGACAUCACCCCCACCACCCCCGCCAGCCAAAUCGUCCCGCCCCAGUUCUGGCACAGCUCGGAUAUCGACCCGUCGCAGCAGUUUGAAGCCACGGUUCUCCGCUGCAUGGACACUAAAUCUGCACCUCAGCCUCCCUCGAGUAACCAAAGAAUCGAGUGGCCGACCCUGAAUAAGGACAUCCUGCCUCACCUGAGCAAGCGACCCUUGACCGCUACCCCGCCAUCCACCGAUGGUUCCAGCGAGGUCGUCGCCGAAUCAGCCGUCGCCCUUGCCCAACAUGAAGUUGCCAACUGUGAUGAUCGAGGCCUCGUCACUGACCUCCUCAUUCAUGAUGAGAUGUCGUCCCAGGCUCCCGACUGGAAAUCGAUCAUUCGAAACCUUUGGUGGCGCGGUCGUCGCCAGUCAGCCAUCUGGAAACUGUUUCAAGCCUUGGUCGACAAGGGCCUGAUCAACCCUGACUGCCUGACCGUCCCUGUGGAUCUCUACGGGGCCACGGACGACACCCAUUUUGUUGCCAAGUUUCUGUAUUGCUUGUCGAAUGUACAACGGGACUCGGAUUUGGUUUUCAGUGGCAAGAUUUCGCUUCAGUCAAGUGAAUACAAUGCGGACCUUGAAUGGUGA